AUGCAUACAAUUUCUUAUUUAGAUGUUCACUCAUUAUAUUGUUAUUGUACUGUAGUCAUUGAGGAGUGUUUAAUUCUAUUGAAUAAAUUAAAUCAACAUGAGCAAGUAAUCACUGAGGGCUCUGUUCGUAGUGUUGGAUCAAUUAUAAUCAAAAUAAUUAAAUUUUUAAAUAGGUGUUGGAUAUUAAUGGGUGAUGAGUAUAUGAAUGAUAAUAAUCAGUCUUAUUCAAAUCAAUCGACUAUAACAUUAAACACAUCAACUGAUAUAUCCUUAUAUGCUAAUUUACCACUAAAAUUAUUCACAUCUUAUGAUGAUGAUGAUGAUGUAAUAAUUACUUUUGAUAAAAAAAAUAGUUGUAAUGGUUUUAAUAAAAAGGUGAAGAAUAACAAUAACACAGAAAAUAAUCAAUUGAAUCCAUUCAACAACCAUGAUAAUGAUAGUGAUGAUGUGUCAGUGUAUGAAAUGAAUAUAAAUAAAGUAACAUCAUGGUUAACAAUUUCUGAAGCAUGUCGAACGGUAACUGUUCUCAUUGAUUUAUUAAUAUGUAUUAUACGUACAUCGGUUAAUUUACUAUCAAAUUGGAAAAUGAAUUUCUAUUUACAAUUCAUUUCUUUAAUAUAUGAACAUUUAUAUUGUAUAGAACAUAGUAUUCCUUGUUCAGCUUUGCCAGUUGAAUUGCGUAUUUAUCGAUUUGAUGCAGAAUUAACAGUUGAUGAUAUACCAUUUGAAUUGAAAGUUAAUGCUUAUAGUGGAACGAUUAGUGCACCUCCAAGUAUUGCUUGCUUACAUUUAUUCCAUGAACUGUCUCUGGUGUUAUUUGCUUAUAAUCAAGUGUCCGGUGUAAAUAUUUCAUGUCGUGACUGUCCACACUUAUUGAAAUUAUUAAUACAGAUAGUGAUACGAAGUAGUAGACAACUACAAUUAUUAAGUGCAAAGUUUUAUUCACCUGAUUUGCGUACAUAUCUAGAAACAGGUAAUCGUAGUGAUUAUCCAGCUGAUAAAAUUAUAUCAUUUAAUAAAAUUUCUACUGAAUGUUCAACUAUUCAAACAAAUGAAGAAUUCAUAAACCCAGUUUCUCCGGAUGAUAAUACAAUAGCAUGUACAGAUGAUCUUCAGAAGAGUAUAACUUAUAAAUCUUGGCCAAUUGAUUGUGUUUGUUUAACUCAAGUAUUAAGUUGUGCAGUGAAAUGUCUAUUGGGUGGUUCAUUAACACGUGAAAUUACUACUGUCUAUCAAUCACCAAUGGAGAAAUAUUUAUUCUUGGAAUUACUAGAAUCAUCUGAUUUUGCAAAACUUUUUGAUGGUAUCAAAAAGAAAUCCGUCGAUAAUUAUGUUAAUUUUUUACCUGAAUGGAUUAAUACUUUAAAGAAUUUAUACACUUCUUCUGAUAUAUUUGAUCAUCCAUAUCUACAACAACCAACACAACAAAAUAGUUUGAAUAAAGCUAAUUGGUGGAAUCCAGCUACGAUUGAUGAUCAGCAAAGAUCACUAGACUGGGAAUGUGUAAAGGUCAUUUUUUUGAUCUCUUAUCCUAGUCCUUUCCCAGAAUACGACAGUAUUAAAACACUUUCUGUAUCAACUGAAAUGUUGAAAUUUUUAUGUGAUGCAUCAAAACUCAUAUCAACUAGUGAAUCUAAGAAAAUUUUACCAAAAAGUGAAAUAGACAUGAUAAUUCAAUCAAAGGUAAAAGAUACUCAACAUUUACCAUCUGUUCCUAAAGGAUUAAGUUUUCUGACCAAAUCUAUGUAUUAUUUAAUCGCUGAUCACUAUAUGAAAAAUAAUCAUUUUGAUCGUGCUGUGGAGUAUUACUUACAAGAUUUAUGUGUUUCUCCACAACGUGUAGAUACAUGGGCUUCAUUGGGUUUGAUUUAUUCAAGUGAAUUGGAACAAGUUUUAAAUUUGACUAAUCUAAAAACUGAACGAGUUUCUGCUGAAGCUGUUACACGUUGUUUACGUUGUUUUAAUGUUGCAUUACAUUUACAACCUGAUACUGUCACAUUAUUGAUUGAACGUGGUUGCUUAGCCUAUCAAUUGCAUUCAUAUGGUGCUAGAAUUGUGAAAAAAUCAGAAUAUAGGAAUUUUCCGGAUGCUCACUUGAAUCUCUGUCGUAAAUGGCGUUAUCGAAUGUUACAGUUAGCCCGUUCAUCUUAUGAAAGUGUACUAAGUUUAUGUAAUAUUAUGAAACAUCAACAAACCACUACAACGACUAUUACACAAGAAGUAGCGACAAAUGAUACAGUUAAUAAAAAUGAACAUUUAAAUACUAAAUUAGAAAAUCACUUUUCUGACAAUAGUAAUAAUACAAACAAAUUAGUUCAACAGAGUAAAGAAGAAGAAGAAGCAUGGUUAUGUUAUUAUAUGUUAGCGAAAUGUGCUGAGAAAGAUGUACAACUUAUGCAACAACAGUCAUCCUCAUCUUCACGAUCUUGUUUAAUGCAUGUUUUACGUUUAUAUCAUGAAUCAUUAAAAGCGUUAGAUUUAGCUGGUGCAAAAUAUCCGAAAAAAAUUAUCGUUUAUAAUAAAAUACCAUUUAGAGCUGUCGAAGCAAUUGAAGUUUAUUACAGAAUUCAUGCAUUAUCUAUUAAAACAUUAUUAAAGCAUGGACCACCUACUACUACUGUUACUAAUCAAUCUUCACAAUCGACUUAUUCUAUUUAUCCAGUUAAUUUAUUAGAAUUAGACCAAUUUCUGACUAUGAUUGAUUCAUCUGAUUUUGUUACAAGUGCACAAAAGCCAUGUCGUAGAACUCGUAAACGAACAGCCAAUAUGGCAGGAUUAUCUACUAAACACAAUCAACUACAAAAAUCAACUAAUCAACUUGGGUCUUGUGAAAAUCACAACAAACCAAUGGGAACAAAUGAAGCUAAUAUCAAAGAAUCUAGUGCAGAUAAAUUGGUUCAACGAUUAGAUAUUAAACUUAACCUAAAUACUAUCUCAUCACAAGAUGAAUUUAUUGAUCUCAUUUCACCUGAUCCACAUAUAGUAGUUGAUGAAGAGGAAUCUACAAAUUUACUGGAACCAUCAUCACGUUCAUCGAUUAACGAAUGUGUCAAUAAGCUAGGUUUAUGGAAAAAGUGUAUUGAUCGGUGCCGUUGUGCUUUAGAAUUGGUACUUCAAAGAUUACCACUUCAUUAUAAAGCAAUGUAUCGACUAGCCUCUCUAUAUUUGCAUGCAUCCCAUUUAAAAGAUCCUUGUAAAGCAUUGGAUAUAUUAUUGGGACCAACAGAUGAAUCUCAAAAACAUUUGGCAUCUACUCAUACUAACACUUUGAACGACAACAAUAAUGUUAACACUACAAAUACAUCUACUCACUUGAAUAUUGGAGGUUUAUUCAAAGAUAGAAAGCAGAAUAACUUUUUCUAUGGUGUUUGGCGUAUUCCAACAGCUGAUAUUGAUAGAAGUGGUAAUUUCGCAGCUCAUAUGUACCGUUCAGUUUGUUUAACCCUGUCUCUACUUCAUGAUCAUGGUGAUUGGAGGCGUUUGGUGCAAAUAUUUCAUCAAUUAAGGAAACAACCUCCGGAAGAGAAGAGAGGAUUUCUUGGUGAAGGUGAUCGUGUCUAUUUAGCUAGACGUGCAUUCAAUCUCAUACAACCUACUUUGUUGAAUUGGUUAACCCAAUUAUCAUUAUCAUUAGCUAAUAAAAUAAGUGAACAAAUUUCAAAAGAUCAUACGUUUGUAUUUAGUUCUGAUAUUUCGUGUAUAACAUCACAAGGAUUUUUAACUAAUGAAAUUUUAACACAAAUCUAUCGACUUCAUUGUGUUUCAUAUUCACGUAAUUCUUCAUCAUCAUCAUCUUCUUCUUCUACUACUACUACUACUAAUACUAAUACUACUUCUGGUGUAUUAGAUUCUAGUCUAAAUUCAAGUCUUUAUUCCCCUACUACUAUUAAUAAUAAUAUAAGUAGCACGACCGUUAAUGCAACGACUAAUUCUGGUACAUCUACUCUUCUUGACGUAAAUACUACAUUAGCAGCUGAAAUAUCUGGUUAUGCAUCAGUUCUCCAGUUAGCCUAUCGAUUGUGUCCAACAGUUUGGGAUUCUCGUGGGCCGUUAGUUCCACUUGACUGGAUUCUACAGAGAUGCAGUGAAUUAGCUUCAUCAAGGUCCCAAAUUGGUUUAGCUGAUAGUUCCAGUAAAUAA